AAUGCUUUUUAAUUACACUUGAGUCUAUAAGCUCUAUUUAAGAUUAGUGUUGUCUUUUGUAUGUGCAGAAAUACUAUUUUCUACAUACUUUUCCUUCUAUCAUAGUCAGGGGGGUGGGGGGCCCAGUGAAACGAUAUAACUUCAAUGCUGCAAAUUGAAAAGGUGAUUUUCUAGGGCACCUGUCAGUGAUGGGCCCUUAGAAUCAUUAUCAUUUUUGUCAUCCUUACGGCGCCCCUGCGUCUCAAUCAUGUCAUGAAGUCGAGGAGGAGAAAAUGAGGGAGGAGAAGCUGAAAAUGGAGGGACGGACAUCACUUUCCAGGGAGCGGUUAAAAAAAAUCUUUCAGUAUAACAGGGACGGGAAUGCUCGGAAACUCUCCGCCUCUUGUCCUCCACUUUCGUGUUGGAUUUUUGUCCUCCGCUCCAUCCUCAACUCGCUGUGCUCCCGCUCACAACAUUUACCAGGAUAACCUUUUGAUACUAUUUUUGCAACUAGCCUUCCAGGAUUUUGCAGAAAAGAUGACAGCCCGCUUGUUUUUCCACAUGGCCUGCGUGAGCCUGCUGUCGCUGUGCUGCGGCGUGGCGCGUGGCACGCCGAUGUUCUACAACAUCUCCAUGGAUGGUAGCGGCGACGACGGGCUGGAGUUCCUCUUCCCCAAGUCCUUCUCCACCCGCGAACCGGUUCAAGUCAGCGCCGCCACCCGUGUUCCCGAGGCUUCCGACACCCCCACCCUCACCAACACCAUCACCACUACCAUCAUCCGUCUGAAGGACUUCGUACUGACCCGAGUGGUGGACUUCCUGGAGGAGAACCUUCUCAUCAUCAUCGUGGUCACCUCGCUUCUCAUCGUCAUGGUCUUCAUCAUCUGCUGCGCCUCCGCCAUGAGUCAGAAGCGCAAACUGGAGGCCUACAAGGUCCCUCCUCAACCUUCCAAGAAAUAUGCAGCGAAUAAAACCGGCGGACAGAGAGGUUCCGACGAGUUCCAGGAGAGGCCGUACGCCGUGGACCACGUCAAGAGGGUCCAGACGCAGAGUGGCGCCUCCUCGCCCAAGAACCUGCGCGUGCCCUCCAAAGCUCUGAUCGGAGAGAGGGGCAGGGACGUCAGGUCGUCGCCCCGCCAGGAUGUGCGCAAGGUCAGGGAGGCGGAGGAAGUGGAGAAGCGGCGAGAGGAGCCCAAACACAAAGAGCAGACGAAGCGCAGGGAGGAGGUGCAGCACACCUCCGCUGCGCCCGUGUGCACCUGCCAUCUGAAGAAGAGCCACCACUAGACUGGCCUCACGCUACACAACAGCCAAUUACGCAAAGCUGCUUGAGCAUUUACUCCAGCUUAGGUCCACGUACUAGUACACGCUUUGUCGUCACUAGUAAUACAAUUCAACACACAAAUAGAACGACUAGGGUGCACUAGUGGAACGACUACAUGUUCCUCGUGGAGCAAAUCUGCAUGCUAGUUAACUUGUACGCUACUACUACUACUAGUGACAGUAAAAUUCUAUUUAACAUCUGGCACUUCACUAGUUGGACUAGCAGCUUGCAGAUUGUCAACUAGUGCACAAUUUCUCCUCACAAGUAUCAUUUAGUUGUCCUACUAGAAUGUCCUAUUAGUGUAGAAAUGACAAAGUAGUUCAUAUAUAUAUUUUUUUGUUUUACUAGUAAGACCCAACUAUUCUACUAGUGUGCCAUGGUUGUUCUAAUAAAGUAGUAUGCUGAAAUUUACUAGUGAGGACUAGGAGCAUACUAUUACAUGGCCCCUAAACUGGAUCUCAAAUAAAUGCUCAAACGGCUUUCAGUAUACGAAGGUAGAAUUGUAACAAAAAUAUUACUAGAAAGACAGUCAUUCUACUAGUACGCCCAAGUCGUUCUAAUAAUGUGCUGAAUUGUUUUACUAGUAAGAAUAAAGAGCAUACUAGUACCUUAAAUGACCUUAAAAACCCUGUAAAGUGAACUGAGAGAUUUGUUUCUCCAAACCCAAUUCCAAUGAAGUUGGGAUGUUGUGUUAAACCUAAAUAAAAACAGAAGACAAUGAUUUGCAAAUCAUGUUCAACGUAUAGUCAAUCGAAUACACUACAAAGACAAGAUAUUUUAUGUUCAAACUGAUCAACUUUAUUGUUUUUAGCAAAUAAUCAUUACCUUAGAAUUUUAUGACUGCAACAUGUUCCAAAAAAGCUGGGACAGGUGGCAAAAAAGAGUGAGAGAGUUGAGGAAUGCUUCUCAAACACCUGUUUGGAACAUCCCACAGGUGAACGGGCUAAUUGGGAACAGGUGGGUGCCAUGAUUGGGUAUAAAAAGGAGCUUCCCUGAAUUGCUCAGUCAUUCACAAGCAAAGAUGGGGCGAGGUUCACCUCUUUGUGAACAAGUGCGUGAGAAAAUAGUCAAACAGUUUAAGGACAAUCUUCCUGAACGUACAAUUGCAAGGAAUUUAGGGAUUUCAUCAAGGCCGAAAACCAACAUUGAAUGCCCGUGACCUUCAAUCCCUCAGGCGGCUCUGCAUCAAAAACCGACAUCAACACUUCAGAAAACCAAUGUCAAUAAAUUCAGUUCGGUGCUACAUCUGUAAGUGCAACUUGAAACUCUACUAUGCAAAGCAAAAGCCAUUUAUCAACAACACCCAGAAACGCCGCCGGCUUCCCUGGGCCCGAGCUCAUCUAAGAUGGACUGAUGCAAAGUGGAAAAGUGUUCUGUGGUCCGACGAGUCCACAUUUCAAAUUGUUUUUGGAAAUUGUGGACGGCGUGUCCUCCCGGCCAAAGAGGAAAAGAACCAUCCGGACUGUUGUGGACGUAAAGUUCAAAAGCCAGCAUCUGUGAUGGUAUGGGGCUGUGUUAGUGCCAAUGGCAUGGGUAACUUACACAUCUGUGAAGGCACCAUUAAUGCUGAAAGGUACAUACAGGUUUUGGAGAAACAUAUGCUGCCAUCCAAGCAAAGUCUUUUUCAUGGAUGCCCCUGCUUAUUUCAGCAAGACAAUGCCAAACCACAUUCUGCACGUGUUACAACAGCGUGGCUUCGUAGUAAAAGAGUGCGGGUACGAGACUGGCCUGCCUGCAGUCCAGACCGGUCUCCCAUUGAAAAUGUGUGGCGCAUUAUGAAGCGUAAAAUACGACGAGAGACCCCGGGCUGUCGAACAGCUGAAGCUGUACAUCAAGCAAGAAUGGGAAAGAAUUCCACCUACAAAGCUUCAACAAUUAGUGUCCUCAGUUCCCAAACGUUUAUUGAAUGUUGUUCAAAGAAAAGGUGAUAUAACACAGUGGUAAACAUGACCCUUGCCAGCUUUUUUGGAACGUGUGGCAGCCAUAAAAUUCCAAGUUCAUGAUUAUUUGCUAAAAACAAUAAAGUUGAUCAGUUUGAACAUUAAAUAUCUUGUCUUUGUAGUGUAUUCAAUUAAAUAUAGGUGGAACAUGAUUUGCAAAGCAUUGUAUUCAGUUUUUAUUUAUGUUUAACACAACGUCCCAACUUCAUUGGAAUUGGGGUUGUAUAUACUGUGUACAAAGACUGAGAACUACAGUAUGUAGUAUUAAAUAGUGGAGGUCUCACGUCGAACGGUUGUUUCACCAAUUCAGCUUUCCUGAUUUUUUUCAGUGCCUAGUAGCGUAAUUUGGAGUCCCUCUCAUCACACGUUGUGAUAUAUUCCAGCCAUCGGAAGCUUUCGGAGGAUGAUAUAUAUAUUCGCAGCUCAAGCAUGUAGGUAUGUUUUGGAGCCAUAAAAAAAAAAUGUGCUUGCUGAAGUGGCGCUUACUUUUCAGUGGGGCGAGGUUUCACGCAUUCAGCAGACAUGCCCGCAACGUUUGUGAGCAGAGAUAAUGGCUUAAUUUUUGUUUCAUGAUUUUUAAACCUCAUUUUACACACUCACCGAUUUUUUUUUUUUUUUUUCAUCAUUCAAAUUUCUCUUCGAUUGUGUUUGAAAUUUAUAAGCCAUGUUUAUUUUCACUUUACAGGGACUUUAAGCUGUAUGAUAUCGAGGCUAUCGAAUAAAUGCAAAAAACAACUUCAAAACGGAAUUGAAUUACAUUAGAAAAAUACACUCCCUGGCCACAAUAUUAGGUACACCUAUAUAUUACCAAUAAGACUUGGUUUUAUCUUUUAAUCUGGUGCCUCAAACUCACACAUUACAUGACAUUAGACAGACCAACACUAUGUUCGUAAAGACUGAAAUGUGGAUACAGCUCUCGUUAAAUUAUGUAGGUGUACCUCAUGUUGUGGAUGGUGAAUGUAAAUAGUAACUAUGUACUUUAUGUCGGGGGGGGGGAAAAAAAGUACCAUUAGGCUAUAAGCAUAGUUGAUGUGCAGUUGAUGGCACAAAAAGAAAUAAUACAAAAUUCAAGCUAUGCCUUAGCAAUGCUGUGUGUCAUUUUGGAGUAUAAAUAAUUUUUUUUUUUUAAGUAAUAAUAUAUACACUCUGUAUACAAGUGGUUGUUAUAAUAUGUUUGCGUGAUAUAAAUGCCAAAAUAGUGUUUAAGUCUAAACACAUGCCUGCCAAGACAGAGGAAUCUCCUCAUAAUGUCCUGCUGUAAAUGCUAUCAAGACAAUUCUGCUUGAGAGUGAAUUAGUUGGUGCUGCGAGUUGCCAUCAAACAUCAUGUCUUGAUUACAUUCCAAAACAUUUCUUUACAGACAUUUGCAUUACACAUUCAAUAUGUAUUUGUUCGUUCUUUGCCAAUAAUAUUUGCAUUUAUCUUAUUUUCCCCUGCAAACUCUUUGUAC